AUGGGCAGCACUGGCAGCGGCACUCGAGAGCGUGCCAGGCGGAAGACGGACAGCGGAACGCAAUGGGCCGGUGUCCGUGCUGAUUGUGGUGUUGCCGGAGAAGGCUUGUGGGCCUUCUGCGUGUGGAACGAGACUGGCGGCAACUUGCGCAUUGGUUGGUCUACCGCGGAUGCCAAAUUGGCUUUGGGAACUGAUCGGUUCUCUUGGGGAUUCGGUGGCACGGCUACGAAGUCUCAUGCGGGCAACUUCGAGAAGUUUGGCCAAACAUUCGGUAAAGACGAUGCCAUCACCUGCUGCCUGGAUCUUGAGAGGCGAGCCAUUCUUUAUUUUAAGAAUGGCAGAGAGAUCCCGGGAGAUGCCUUCACCUUUGGAAAAGAGCUUUCCGGCGAGCCAUUGUAUCCUCACGUCUAUGCCAAAGAGGCGACCUUUUCGAUUUCCUUCGACGGAAGCGGUGGGGCUCCUCCUUUGUCCGGCGGCUUCAAGUGGAUAGCAGAGGCCGGCAAUUUAGUUCCCCAUCCAAGUCGCGUCUCCGGAGCUGGACCUGCAGAGGUGGCGCAAGACGAAGCAGGUGACUCUGGACCGAAGUUUGUCCUGACUCCUUAUGGAUGGAGAACCGUCGAGCAAGCCGGCGGCAUCACGCAGGAGUGGCGCACAUCCCUUGAUGCCUAUGUCCGGCACUUUACCUCGAGCCUGGAGCUGGAGUACGAGGCCGAGCGGCAGGCGGUGCUCGAGAAGGUGCAGAAAAGGAGCACUCGGCAGCUGCAGGACGAAGGCAUCGGAAUCGCUGGACUCUGUGGCGAGUUCGAUGCCGUCUAUGGUCGGGUCACGCUCUGGCCAGAUGGUUGGAGGAUGCCAUAUCUUUCUGAAAUCAAGUUUGGCCGAGCAGUGCUGCUGAGCACCACGGACGGAGGCGUAGACUUGAAAGAUCCGAAGAAAACCAUAUCAGCAGAAGUCGAAAGCAUCCGUGACAACACCAUAAUCCUCAGCACGCCCUACGAGCGAUUGCCUUCAACCGGAAGGGGUAAUGACUUGUACAGGGUGGACCUUGGUCCGAAUAUUAUCGCCAACAAACGCAUUGACAAGAUGCUGGACGAGUUGCAGAGGUGUCUGGGCGUGGACCAAGCUGCCAACCCUCGGGAUUCAAUCCAAAAGCUCAACUACAACGCGAAUUUGUGCGGGCUCCUUUUGCCCGGAGCUCCAUUGGCAGAUGCUCUCUAUGCAGAUAUCCACGAGUCGUCCGCAGCUGCGGCAAAGUGGGACCCCUUAACUCGGGCGGCGCCCAAUGCGAAAGCCGACAUCAGCCGUCACGCACGUGAAAAGGACAUCGGGGCCGAGAAGUAUACAGCACACAGUGACAUCCACAGCGAAAAGGAUUUGAAUGAGUCGCAGCAGAAUGCUCGGGACAUGGUCCUGGAGCAAAGGCGCCGAUUCACUUUGGUUCAAGGUCCGCCAGGCACAGGGAAGACCACCACGGCAGUGGCCAUCAUCUGCGGUUGGUUGAAGAGCAACCGUGGGCCAGUACUCGCCUCCGCUUUCAGCAACAAAGGUUGUGACAAUGUCGCACAGCAGCUGCACGCCUUGGGUGUCAAGGUGCUGCGAAUGGGGCUUUGCUCUGCGAAAGAGCCGUAUUCGCUGGAGACGAGGCUCCAGGAGUGCGGCCUGCGGCGUGGGGACAAGGGCAUGAAAGCCGUCUUUGAAAAUGUCGAUGUGAUCUGUGCGACAUGCAUCGGCUGCGGCAUGGGCCCGUUGGACAGCAAGACCUUUCCUUUCAUCGUGAUUGACGAGGCGGCUCAGGUCAUCGAGCCCGCCGUGAUUCUUCCUCUCGGCAAGGGGGCCGUCCAGGCCGUGAUGGUGGGCGAUCAGUGCCAGCUCCCCGCUACGGUCCUCAGCCAGGAAGCACAGGCCAAGGGCCUGGACAUCUCCAUGUUCGACCGGCUGCUGUCGAUGGGCAUGGAGUACACGCUCCUGACAGAUCAGUACCGAAUGCACCCCUCCAUUAGCGCCUUCCCGUCCUGGCGCUUUUAUCGUGGCGAGUUGAAGAAUGCGGUGACAGAUGCCGAUCGGCAGCUGCCACACGGGCUUCCUUUCCGGUCUCCGCUGGUUUUUCUGCAUGUGGAUGCCAUGGAGAGCUCUGGGGGAGCUUCCAAAAAGAAUGAAGCGGAAGCAGACUGUGUGGCUUGGGUCGUGGAGCAGGUCAUGCAGCAUGAGAUUCGACCGGAAAGCAUUGGCGUCAUCUCUCCGUAUGGAGCACAGGUGAAGCUGAUACAAAGGUCACUGCCGUACAAUGCGCAGUUGGCGGUACAAGUGUCGACCGUGGAUGCAUUCCAAGGGAGCGAGAGGGAGGUUAUUAUCUUCAGCCUCGUCCGAGCCAACCGUCGUGGAGAUGUCGGAUUUGUGGCCGACUGGCGGCGUCUCAACGUGGCCUUGACACGUGCCAGACGACUUUGUGUCGUGAUCG